CUGUGCAAAAUUGUAAACAUUACACGUCUGUGGCGAAUUUAUAGUGCAAUUCAUCAGAUAGUAUCUCUGUCAUAUUAUUAAUCUUGCUAGUUAGAUGGUGCUCUUAUCAAUAACAUGAUCUUGUGAAGUUAAACAAGUGUGUUGAGAGUGACUUUUUACUAUAAAGCUUUCAAAUGCAAGCUCCUAGUGUUUCUAACCUCAUAGACAUAGAGUCUCCAGACUUCAAUUCUCAGCUACAGUUCCAAGAUUUCUCUGCAUCGAUCCCCAAUGACUCUUCUAAUAUUGCAAAGCUACCCAUCAACAACCCCGUUAAUUCCCCAAGCGGUAAUAAUUUGCCAAAUACUGCUGAAUUUACCAGUAAGUCCAGCGAUCCCAAGUCAUUUUGGACAUGGGAGUAUUUUCAACAGUUUUUCGAUGUAACUACUGAUGUUGUUAUUGAACGGGUAAAAGCAUCAGUCAUUCCUCAGAACAAUGUAAACUAUCUGCAGCAAUAUAUAAAGAACAAGCCAGACCUCUACGGCCCUGUUUGGAUCUGUAUUACCCUUGUUUUCUCCAUAGCAAUUAGUGGUAACAUUGCCAAUUAUCUGCAAGCAACAGCUACUCAUGUUUAUCACUGGAAAUAUGAAUUUCAUAUCGUAACAUCUGCUGCAUCUGCAAUCAUCUGUUACGCCUGGGUGCUACCUGUUGUACUAUGGGCCUAUCUGAAGUAUCAAGGACAGCAAGAGACUGUGCCCGUCAGUGCUCUAGAGCUCUUGUGUAUUUAUGGAUAUUCUCUAUCUAUCUAUAUUCCAAUAUCAGUGCUAUGGGUGAUCCAAGUGAAUUGGCUCCAGUGGUUUUUAGUCGGAACGGGUGCAGCGAUUUCUGGCUACAUUCUCUUAACAUCAAUAGCUCCUGCCCUAGGACAGAAAAAUUACCCUCUGCUUGCAGUCUUGACAACUCUGCAUCUGCUGCUAGCUGCUGGUUUCAUGUGGUAUUUCUUCCAUGUUCCUGAACCACAUUACUCUCCAAAAAUAGUUCAAACUGUCGUAGCUGCUCCAUCAGUUUCCAUGCACACGAAUAUUACUCACUAAUAUUUCUUGAAUCAUCAUGAAACAUAUGUCAAAUGUGAGGAGCUCAAAUUAGCACAUGGUACCUCCAGUUAGACAGCAUGAUACAAGAUUUCCAGGUAGUCCAUGUGGCUAUUCCUCAGAUGGAAACCAUGUGAUCUACCCUCUCUGUGUCCAUCAGGUAGAUUGAUGGAAUUAGUACUUCCCAGGAAAUGGUGAAAGCGGUGAGAACUUCUAGAAAUCUAAUUUUCAUAGAUUUCCCAGUCAUUCUCUCUGUAUGAGCUCUCCAAAAUAGAACCCCUAUUUCUCCAGCGAAGUUAGAGAGCCAUCCAGAAAAAACCUCUAUUAAAGGUGUGAAAUCAAACUCUCUUUGAAAGAGGUAUUAUUUCCAUAUGCCAAUUUCAACCCCACACAGCCUCUGUAUUCCAUAUCAAUGUGUGCGUACAUCUGUUGAAAUUUUAGAAGUUAACUUGCAGCUCUUUGUGUCUCGCAUGAUAAACUUACACACAUUUGGACUACCUACAUUUUGCAAUUUGGAAUUAUAAAUUCUAGCCUGGUUUAAAAACAAAGUAUGUGCCAUUAGUUUUCCUAUGCACAUAAGUGUUUUUUCAGAAGAGCCAGAAUUUAUAGUUCCAAAUUGCAAAAUGCAGUUCAUUUGGUCUGCUUUUGUGGCACUUUAAGAAUAAUUAAUUUUAGUUUGCUGAUUGGUCACUCCUCAAAGUAUGCAAGUAUCGAUUAUCAAUUAUCUUGCUUAUGUGUAUGCCAGCAUCGUGCAUAAAUUGUCUUUUUAAUUGAAAUUAGACUUUAUAACUCUUUUGCAAACUGUCUCUUUUUUUCGAAAUGAUUACUUACUAGACUCUGUCAUCAAUUUCGAUUAAAAUUUUUGUGAUGGAUGGAAUAUCAAGGAAUAA